AGUGCAUGCUGAGGACGUAAAGACGUCAGACGUUAAAACGAAGCGUUCGCAGAUCUGUCAAACCCAUGACGUCCCAGGAACAAUAGUUCAUCGCCAAUUGAAGAAUCUGAUCAAGAAAAACAACUAGAAAGACUCGCAUAAUAGGAAAGAGUACCUCGUCAUGAGUAACAGCUCUCUCUGGAAGAAGCAGUCACGAGAACAUAUCACAACAUUUCUUCAAAAGACGGAGAGAAAUAAUGAGAGCCAUCUUUUGAAUUUGAUAUAAAUAUUACCAAUGUUAGCAUUAUGAACGACACAUACUGGACAAUUGACGAACCAUUUCUGAACAUUUCAUUGGAGGAGAUACAAUGCUAUAUCAGUUUUUACUCCACAGCCAGUUUCUACAGCUCUGAAAAUAAUAGUACCUCGUAUUGUAACACCACAUGGGAUGGAGUUUCAUGCUGGCCUACAUCGCCAGGUGGCGCAAUGGUUGAAAUUUCUUGUUUUGGAGAGCUUCACGGAGUUCGUUAUGACACAAGUCAAAAUGCCAGCAGAUUUUGCUACGAGAACGGCACGUGGGCUAGAAAAUCAGAUUAUUCAAGAUGUACACACCUACAAAGCGAUCCAGAUCUCUUAAAGGUUUUGUGGGAUGUGAAAGAAGCCACUACUAUUUACUUUGUUGGAUAUGGGAUUUCUUUGGUCGCUCUCUUCGUCGCUUUGUGGAUCUUUCUGUAUUUUAAAGAUCUCAGGUGCUUAAGGAAUACCAUUCAUACUCACCUAAUCGUCACAUACAUCCUAAUUGACCUAGUAUGGAUCAUUACUGCAUCAUUGCAGAUGGGCCCCUCACCGUCACUGAUAAAAACAAAGACGGCCUGUAUCCUCACUAUUUUCCUGACGUACUUGAUGGGGACGAAUUUCUUUUGGAUGUUUGUGGAAGGUUUAUACCUUUACAUCCUGGUGGUUAAAACGUUUUCAAUCGACUUCAUUAAAUUUCAUCUGUACGCUGCGAUUGGAUGGGGUCUACCUGCACUUGUAAUUCUUAUUUGGGCGCCUGUAAAGGCUUACUUCUCCCCGUUGACUGGUGAUGUAUUCCUUCAACUCGGAUGCCCAUGGCAGAGCAAAGACAAUUACGACUAUAUCUUUAUAGUCCCUGUCAUCGCUAUUCUCAUGAUAAACAUCUUUUUCUUGGCUCGGAUCAUGUGGGUAUUAAUUACCAAGCUGCGAGCAGCCACAACUGUUGAACAGAAACAAUACAGAAAGGCAGCAAAGGCUUUGCUAGUACUAAUUCCGCUGCUAGGAGUCACUUAUGUCCUGGUCAUCGUAACACCCAAUCACAGAACUGCAAGAAUUGUGUUUACUUACCUGCAGGCAACUUUACUCUCGACUCAGGGCCUUACAGUAGCCAUUCUGUACUGUUUCUUCAAUGGAGAGGUGCGAAACUCACUUCGUCAUCACAUGGAACGCUGGAAAAUGGUUCGGACACUAGGGGGCGCUCCUCGUCAUUCCAUCAGUUCCCGACCGUCCCAACAUGGUGAAGUCCUAAAUUCUUAUACUAGCCGAAGAUCUCGUGGUAGAGGGAGCUGCAUUAGUUUCACUACUACCACGUCUUUCAUUAGUGGCAGUAACCACAAUACACACAGUGGGCACAACAAGCACAAUGAGACGUCAUUCGCCAUGCUUACAACAAAACCGGAUGCGAUUUGAAACCGAUAUUUUUGGACGUGAAGAAGGACAGUAACAACGGAUGUGUUGCUCGUUAAACAAACAACAACAACAAAGAAAAACAUUUCAGCACCAACAGAUAUGAGCUUUGAUUUGAAGAAAUGGACUGGGACUUUUCUUGACUUUAACCAUACGUAGAUUAAUUGUUCAACCUGUCAGUAUAGAGUUUCGGAAAAAUUAAACACAUUAUUAGUCUCGUGCUCUAUUAUAACGUUUUUUUUUUUUGUAUAUGUGUCAAGCAUUCUUUAGUAUUCUACGCUGUUUUAAAGAUUUGGUAUAAAUUUACUGAAUGUUGUGGAUAAUUGCGAACAAAUUUACUUUCUCGUUACUUAUAUCCAAAUGAGAUAAUGUAAUUAUCUAUGUGCGUGUGUUGUGGUACAUUUUUAUCUUAACACACGCAGUGCUUCGGAAAUCAAAUUAGAAGGAGUAGUUAUCACAACUUCACGUAAUGAUGUAAAUUAAGGUAUUGUCAUAAUUGGUGUAUUUAUUUUUAUCUACAUACGUAGUUAAUCCUACACUACAUUCGAAGAAAAUUUAGUGAAUAUUCUGGUUGUAGAAGAAAAAAAACUUAUAAUAAAAUUGGAAACAGUAACAAAUUCGUGGUCAUAUUACUAUUAUUCUGCUUGAUGAAGUCGAAAACCCUCCGCAUCAGAGGAAAGAAACGGUUUAAUUCGUCUUUCACGCACGUUAGCGUUGGUCUGCCCUUUCUCCCGUCACCCCCUCCCCAGCUCUUGUAGGGAUUUAUCUAAACGAUCUUAACCGCUUUGUUAGCGUUAAUGCUAGCUUUAUAAGAGGAGUUAGUUUGUUAAUUUUUUGCAUCAUGCGCUCAGAAUACUUUGUAUUACAU